CGUCCAGGAGCUGCGGUGAGAGCCCCGCGGUGUGCACGGCCGAAGCGCCCGCUCCUGCGCCCGCGUCCCCACGGCAUGCCGGGCCCCCGCCUGCUGGCCGCGGUCUGCGGCGCGCUCCUCUGCGCCUCGGGACUCUUCGCCGCCUCCGGUGACUUCUGUGACUCUAGCCAGUGCCUGAACGGUGGGACCUGCAUAUUGGGCCAGGACAACACCCCCUUCUACUGCCUCUGCCCCGAAGGCUUCACGGGCCUGAUCUGCAAUGAGACGGAGAAAGGUCCUUGUUUUCCAAACCCCUGCCGCAAUGAAGCCGAAUGCCGGGUGGUUGACGACUCGCACAGAGGGGACGUCUUCACUCAGUACGUCUGCAUGUGUCAUCAUGGCUAUACGGGUGUCCACUGUGAGACCAUCUGCACCAUGCCGCUGGGCAUGGAGACGGGUGCCAUUGCCGACUCGCAGAUCUCUGCCUCCUCUGUGCACUUGGGCUUCAUGGGUCUACAGCGCUGGGCCCCAGAGCUGGCCCGUUUGCACCGCACGGGCAUCGUCAAUGCCUGGACAGCCAGCAACUAUGACAAGAACCCCUGGAUCCAGGUGAACCUGAUGCGGAAGAUGCGGGUGAUGGGCGUGGUGACACAGGGCGCCAGCCGCGCAGGCAGUGCCGAGUACCUGAAGACCUUCAAGGUGGCCUACAGCACCAAUGGACACAAGUUCCAAUUUAUCCAGGGUGCGGAGGGGACAGGAGACAAGAUAUUUGUGGGCAACAUGGACAACAGUGGCCUGAAAGUCAACCUGUUUGACUUUCCUCUGGAGGUGCAGUAUGUGAGGCUGGUCCCCAUCAUCUGUCACCGGGGCUGCACCCUCCGCUUUGAGCUCCUUGGCUGUGAGGUGAAUGGAUGCGCGGAGCCCCUGGGCAUGAAGGACAACAGCAUCCCCGACAAGCAGAUAACGGCCUCCAGCAUCUACAGGACCUGGGGCCUGAAUGCCUUCAGCUGGUACCCCUUCUACGCACGGCUGGACAAGCAGGGCAAGUUCAAUGCCUGGACCGCUCAGACCAAUGAUGCCUCCGAGUGGCUGCAGAUUGACCUGGGCUCCGAGAGACAAGUGGCCGGCAUCAUUACCCAGGGGGCCCGAGACUUCGGCCACAUCCAGUAUGUGGCAGCCUACAAGGUGGCCUACAGUAACGACAGCAUGAACUGGGUCGAGUACAAGGACCAGGGGUCUGUCGAGAGCAAGAUCUUCCCUGGCAACUUGGACAAUAACUCCCACAAGAAGAACAUGUUCGAGAUGCCCUUCCUGGCUCGCUUUGUGCGCAUCCUGCCCGUCGCCUGGCACAACCGUAUCACCAUGCGUGUGGAGCUGCUGGGCUGUUAGUGCUCGGCCUGGCCGGAGUGACCACAAGGGCCUUGGGGCAGCCGCCCCGUACCUGGUCCUCCUGGCCUUCUGGUGGCCUGCUGCCUCCUCCACCCCACCUCCUGAUUGUCCGUGACCUGGGGUGGGG